AUGAACCGCUUUAGAGCAAAGAGGAAGGAAAAGGAAGAGCCUGCGACGAAUGGAGACCACACUAUGCCUUCAUUUCGAGGCUUUCUAAGGGGCAAAAAGGCCCCAGAGGAAAAACCAGAGCCCCAGAUCGACAUUGCUACCGCGUUACCAACCCACGAUGAUUUCCGGACGAGUUUACUCAUGACAGGCUUGUCAGCCCGUUUCUCGAUGCUGAGAGAACAGGAUGACCCGACCAGCAAGAUUGGAAAAGCCAGUGAUGACAGUGUGCUGUUUCCCAAACGACAGUCGCGGAUGAUGGACUACGGCUUCAACAGUGGAACCGGCCUCAAUGACAUCGCCGAGGUCGAGUCUCUAAGAGCUCCUUUCGCCCGCAUGGACUCCUUCGCGUCAGCAGAUGAUUCAUCUUCGACCAAGGGCAGCAUCAUGAGCAGAGGGAAACCAACCGAUGGUAACAAUCUGUUUGGGGGUCGGCAAAAGAUUGUAGUUGGAAACAGGACACUCUACGAGAACGACGUCGCCAGUUCGUCAUUCCAAAAGUGGCGGCGCGAGGAGAGGGAACGUGAGCGCAAAGCUCUCGAAGAUGAAGAAGCGAAUGACGACUCUCACGGUUGGAGAUCAAGACGCAGUGAAGAGGAAACCUCCGCUGCACGAUCAGAGUCUCCGUCUGGGCAAAAUUUCAGCCGAAGACGCGAGACGUCGUCAACUACUGCCUCGUCCUUGGCGCGCAAUUCAACAGCAGCAACUUCCAUUGCCUCACAGCAGUCACAGGCUACAACCGCUUCUACGGCCUCUGGCGCCCCUGUCGAGCGUUCAGUCACUCGAACGAGGAGACUUUACGAGCAGGCGCUGAACCAGGAUCUCCAUGCCAGCCAAUCUACUGCUUUGUCACGCAUUGAUACCCUCACAGGAAAGAAGUCAUUCACCAGGGGCUCUCCCGAUCCCAACUCCUCAACAUCGCCUCCGAUGGGCUUUGGGUUUGGCGAACGCCGACCCAUAAUUUCCAAGGCUAGCGCUCCCAACUUGAGAACAACAAGCCCCACGGCCUCGAUAGUCUCUGCCUCGAACGACCGGGGCAGCAAUAUCUCCAGCAAGGAGUCUCGGUUCAACUUUGCUGGGACACCUCCUCUGAGCCCUCCAAUCAGCGAGACCGGUGAUAUGUCUCUGAUGGCUAUCCAGCCCAACGAUGUAGGCAAGGCAACUGCUAUGGGUGUGUUCAACAAACCAGCGCAGCCAUAUAACGAAUCCAAGUACGCAGAACGACAGCUCCAGCUGCAGCAGGGUCGCGACACCCCGACGCUGCGUGGUCGGACCGAGUCCAACGGCACGAACAUGUCCAAGACCGGCCUGUCGAUACAUCCAGAACCGAAGGACAAGUCGACAUCAUUAACCUUCCUUGAUGAUUCUGACGAAUCCACAGACGAGCCUGGGCAUUCCCCCAUUCCUCCCGCUGUUGUUUUAGAGAGACCUGCCGACAGCGAGCAUCCCGCAUUCAGGCAGGACGCCCUGCCAACACCGCUGUCUUUUAAAUCCCAAGUAUACGACCCGCCCCACGAUCCUUCACCGCCGCUAUCGAAGCCUGAAAUCUUUGAGUCACCUAUCAUUCCACAAAACACCACGCCGAUCGACUCGCCUACGCUGGGUUCUCCGGGCCUUCUUACAACUGGCUUGAGUGGUAUGGUACGUCAGCACAUGCGCUCGGAGAGCAGCACAUCCUCUAUCUACGGGCCUAGCUCCUCAGGCUUGGAGGUCAAGUUCCCAGCUGCCUCGCGGGACUCGACAGUUCUGGCAAUCAUGGGCGAUGGCUUAGGGGUCAGCAAUUGGCAGGACCAGCAGUGGAAUCCCUAUGAAGACGAAGCCGCUGAGGCUCGCAUUAGCCAGCACACGCUUGUCCAAGACGACAUUCCGACCGAACCGGAACCGUCAAUGCAGUCAAACCCAGUCGAAGUUCCAGAAAACAACACCAGCCCGGUCAAGGAGGAAGACUCCGACGACUUUGCCAACCGGGUUGCGAUCGCCAGGCGUCGUGUUCAGGAAAGACUGACUACAUCUUAUCUCGAAUCUGCGGAGAGCAGCCGGGCGCCUUCCCCUCAGCCCCAGGAGCGCGAAACGCCUGUGCCAGCCAAGCCCAGCCCAUUUGGUCUGCUCAGGGGCAAGUCAAGUCGGGGAUCUCUGGCUGACAGGAAUCGCAACGGCCCACCCAGGAAAGCUUUACAGACCCUAGGCCUUGGUGCUACGACCAUGAGCUCAUCGCCCAGCCCUUCUAAACAAUCCUUUGAGGACGCCGGCCUUGCCCCUAUGAGGGAGGAGGCGGAGAUCAAUUCGAGGGUAGAGACAGCCAGGCGCCAGUUUGAGGACAAGGCCAAAGAGAAGGACUCGGAUGGUCGGUCACUGAGGUCUACAAAAUCUACACGGUCUUUGACGGACAAGGAUGACGAGCAGACUCAUCCGGGUCUUCGCGCUUUUAGACAGGCUCGCCGACAGCUUCAGAAACAAAAGGAACUUGCCGUUCUUGCGCGGCACCAGGGUCAAGGAGAAGGUGCCAAGAACGAGGAGUCUGAUGCUCAAAAUGAGACUAAUCCGCAGGAACGAACACCAUCCAAAACUCGACACGCCAGGCGAGACCUUAGUGAGGAUUCAUAUCGCAGUGGUACAUCGAUGUCUCCUCCGCGCAACGAACGCGAUAGGAGUGGGUCUGAAACGAGCACUGGCAGGGUUCCGCCUCGACCGCCUCGUCUUCGCAACAACUCAUCUCCAUACGAAAACCAGCAGUCGAACGAUUCUGAGAACAUGCCACGUCGGCCAAUGCUGCGCUCACCGGGCCUUCCCGGUACCGAUAUCAAGAGGUCGCCUAUUAUGCCGCCUCAACCUUACCCUGGAGCUAUGUCGUCGCCCAAAGGAUUCUCUAGAUCGGCUUCUUCGGGAAACCUGAAGGUUAACCCUCCACGACUUGGAGAAUUGGCACCCAUCUCUCCUAUCGCCCCGUUAAGUCAAGGUCUUCCAACCAGCCCGAGGCAUCAAUUUAUGCCUCCCUCGCCCGCUGCCAAUUCCCCUUCGGGAUCAACUACCAACAGCAGCCUGAACGAAGCGAAGAAGAAAUUCAUCAACAAGAAGGACAUCUCAGAUCCGACACUGGUGAUGAGCACCAGCCGGGUUCCGACGGUUAAUCUGCCUCAGAGCCAAGCUUUCCCUGAGAGCACAGGGGCGGGAUCGGAUAAACGCACUGCACCUCCGGUCCCACCGAUAAACCCUAGGCGAACUCGCGGUGUCAUGAAUGGCUUCCUUGGACGAAAGAAUAGUGAUUACGACGAUGAGACAUUGGUUACUUCGAGCUCGCCGCAUCUCCCUCUUUCGAACUCGAGUGGCUCGCUCGGUGGCUCCAGGGCGGCCGACGAUGGCCGCAGUGCUUUCUCGGUUAGCGAGGACGAGGAAGACAAGCCGGCCAGUAGAUGGCGGCUCCGGAAGACGAAUACGGAAGCUCAAGGGGCUAAUUCGGGAGUUUCUGCCGCAGCUUCACUGGGCGCUGCUGGGCCCUUUGGACCUCCACGAGAUACGCGAGCAUUUGUCUCGGCUGCACCACCCGUUGGCCGCUCGGUGAUGACUGCCCCGACGAGAAAACCUAGUGCUUUGCCGGGUGGGAUGAUUUGA